AUGUCCAAAUCUUUGGGUAAUGUCAUUUUUGCUAAACAUUUUGCCAAAAUAUAUGGCGUUAACAUUUUUCGUUAUUUGAUUUUAAACAGUCAUUAUAAUCAGGUGAUAAAUUUUAGUGAAGAAUUAAUUAAGCAGGCUAUAGAUUAUGUUCGAAAGAUAAAAAAUUUACUGAAAAGACUGAACUUUUACUUAUACAUAGGGAAAAUAAAAGUCGUCAAACAAAAAUCCCAACAAGAAGAAAUAAUUAAUAGUUUGUUGAAUAACCUUAAUACUAUUAAAACUCUCUUUUUUUUAGAGCAAAUAAUCAAUUCUCUUAACAAAAGUAUUGACAAGCGAGAAAAUGAUAGUGAAAAAUUGCAAAAAACAAUUAAUGAUUUUUAUUUUAUUCUUAGUCUAUUAGGUUUUAGGUUUGAUUUGCCACCUUAUAGUUUAGAAGUUAAACUGCUGAUUAAAAAAUGGCAAGAUUUACGAAAUAAAAGUGAUUAUACUCAGGCUGAUAAAAUUAGAAAAAAGUUGCAAGAAAUGGAUGUUUUAUAG